AUGAUACGAGGUGUUUUAAUCUUUAAUAAUAGUGGUAAACCGAGGUUGCUGAAAUUCUAUGAGAACAUUUCAGAAGAGCUUCAACAGAAACUGCUCCGUGAAGUAUUCUCAUUGGUUUCGAAACGCGAUGAAAACGUGUGCAAUUUUCUUGAGGGUGGGAACACUUUUUUCUCAGAGCAAGGUUGCCGAAUCAUAUAUCGUCAUUACGCCACUUUGUACUUUGUUUUUUGCGUCGACGCAACAGAAAGUGAAUUGGGUAUACUGGAUUUAAUUCAAGUCUUUGUCGAAUCUCUUGAUAAAUCCUUUGAAAGUGUUUGCGAAUUAGACCUUAUUUUCCAUUCAGAUAAGGUGCAUUUUCUCCUCAAUGAACUAAUAAUAGGUGGCAUGGUCUUGGAAACACAUAUUAGCGAGAUCGUACGUCAUAACGAGGAGCAAAAUAAGCUGGAAAAACAAGAGCAAUUAUCUCUUCCCAUGGCCUCGUCUCGUGCGGUUUCUGCAGUAAAGGAGCUUAAUUUGGGACAGAAACUGAAGGAUAUUAAACUUCCUGAAAUUCCUUAUCUUUAUUCUCGAUUUAGUCUGAGUUAG